AGGUGCUAUAUCUUAAAGCUAAAUGUAUGUUUUUUGGAGAUACUAAAAUACUGCUUCUUACUUUUGGCAGCCUUUGUGAGUGGUUGUAUUUUUGAAACGCUUAUUAACUGCAAGUGCUUUUGCUAUUUCUGGGCUACAAUUAUCAGAAAAGACCAUUUUCAAGCUCUGUGUUAAGCUUUGACACCCAAAUUGUAGUUUUCGGUCUGAAAGACGCAAACAUUCAACUCCUACUGUUCCUCUCUGCCUACUGUGAUGCAAGGCGAGUCACCAAGAUACAUCUGAAACAGACACAGGUGGAUACUGACCUAAUUGUGAGUUAGGAAAAAAGCCCUAUUGUCUACCAUGCUGGGUGAAGUGGGCAAACUACCACUUCAUGUAGUUAGGACACAAUUGAGAACUUCCACAGAAAGCCAAAAUUAACCAUGAAUUAUAAAUAAAGAAACAAAAAUAAACACUUAAUCAUGACAUAAAUAUGUGUUUAGAAGGAGGUUGCAUUGUUGUUGCAUUGUUCCAGUAUGUGUGGGAGUCAUUGUGAUAACUGGUAAAUGUAUCAUGUAGCAUCUCUUGUGCUGUUAUUGCAAGAUAGAGAACAGAACCAACACGAUUUUCUAGUUUAAAUAUUUUUUUAUUGAGGCAGCAAUAAUAAAACAUUCAAUAUUACAGAUGUUUUCCUCCUUUUAAAUUAAAUUAAGAAAAACGAAAAUAACAGGCAAACAUACAAGUCAACAGGUGUAGUGAGUAACACUAAAUGAACAACAACAACAACAGCAACAACAUAAAAUAAAUAAAUAAAUAAAAAGAUAAAACAAUUCACACAUACCACAUACGCUUUUAUACCCUGUGUAGAGGCUGAUGUUCUGAAUAACAACGAGUUAUACAGUAGGGAUAACAAAUGUCUGUCCCUGCCCCUCAUCUGAAAAAAACUAUCAAACUUUGCUGAUUCAGUUUUCUCCAAUGUCGGUAUAUAUUUUUUGAACAUAGUUCCUGACCUGCAAGUAUCCAACAUGAUUUUCUGUCAGAGAUCUCAUCAAACAUUUCUUCCUUUUGGGGAUAUUAGAAAAUUGUUGAUUAAACAUUGUACAUUAGUUAAUCAGCGAUGCGUGCCUCCACUUGUUUGUUCUGAUUUUCAUUAGAUGAGAAUAUGAAAAAAGAGGAAUAUGUUGUCGAUUGGAUUUAAAACCUUUGUAGCAAAAGAAGAGUUGGAGCUAUCAUUCUAGAAUUUUUGUAACACUUUGUCGAUGACAAAUGGACAUGUGGUCGUGAGUAUGUUUGUGUCUAUGUUGCAAGUGUUGCUUGUCAAUCUGGCCUCUGAGGAGCUGCAGGUGUGACCCUUUGGGAAACUCACCAAACAUGUGAUGAGUUCAAGAACGAAAGAGAGGCAUGAGUUAUAAACAACAAGUAAAAAAUAACUGUGCAUUUGUAUGCGACAGACAUAUCAACGGUAGAAAGUGUGUGUUGUUUGCUUGUAAAAGAAGAUCCGAAAAAAAACUGUUCAAAAUGAGAAACAUGUAUUGACAGAUGGAGUGCAUUGGAAUGUGACAGAGCUGGAGCAAUGGGAAAAGAGGGACGAUGGAAAAACAGAGUGAAGGGGGCUCAAGGGAAAGCUGGAGGUGUUAAUGAGAGAGGGUGAAAGAGACAGAUGGAGAGAAAACUGUGAGAGGAAAAAAAGAAGAAAUCUAUUGGCAGGAAGAGGGUGCUGAUUAAUGGUCAUUGAUUGUUUACCUCUGGAUGCGUUUCCAGCCCCAUCGCCUGUCAAUCUCUUUGAUUUCCUCUUGACUUUUUCUCUUUUCUCCUUCUUCUUACUUUCUUUCUUUCUUUCUCAUAUUGUCAAUAACAACACUUCGAUAAUGACAGAGCAUUGUGACACUGGAGACUCAAAUGGUCAAUGGAUUGAGCAGCAGUGUGAAUGUCUAAAAGUUACAACAGUCAAUAGUCCUACUUGAAACUAUUUCAAGCCCCAUUGAUUUACCUUGACUCAUUUUACAGAGAGGUGGCUUGAAGUCGAGAACGUGAUGCAGCACACUAAAGCAGAAAAUCAAUGUACCAAAGUCAAUAUUGUUAUUAAAAUGGUUAUGAAAGUGUCUACAGCUUCUUUGAAAUAAUAGAAAGGCACUCCACCAUUUUGAUUCUGACCAACUCUGAAGACUUGCCCUUGAAGUGAUGUAACUUGAAACGGAAAUAAACAAAGAUAUACAUGUGAUUUGUCUCUUGUUUUGACAACAACCCCACCAACCGCCUUAGAAAAUAUGAAACUAUAUAUACACACACACAUCACAUGCUAACAGACAUUUUUAUUUGGACUGUUAAAACUGCAGCCUGCCAUGUACAGGUAAACCAUUUAGGAGCUUCCACCCUGAUUUAUGACUCAGCUUGGAGGAAGAAGGGGACAAAAAAAGAAAGAGGGACAGUUGGAAGGCACAAAUAGCGAUAGACAGAAAAGGCAGUUUACACACAAACACACACACACACACACACACACACACACACACACACACACACACACACACACACACACAUUUUGGGUCUCCAGUCAGACUUGGGCGGGUUGCACUGCUGUAAGAGAAAAUUAGUUUUGUUCUCUGGAGGCUCAUAGAGAGAGAGAGAGAGAGAGAAAGAGAGAAGAGAAAGAUAGAAAGAAAGAAGAGUUUCCAUUGGAAGAGUUGAGGAUCAUUGUCUUGCUGGAGGCCAUGUUGGCAGUAGUCAUGAAAGGGGGAGAAACGAUUUGUCAUUCACAUCCACUUUCCUCUCCUUCCCUUCCUCUCUUUAUCUCCCCCGCCUCUCUCUCUCCCACUCACACACACACACACACGCACGCACGCACGCACGCACGCACACACACACACACACACACACACACACACACACACACACACACACACACACUGUGCCAUCUGUGCCUCCUAGAGGAGAAGAGAAAACCCAAAUUUUCCUCCCAAAAAUGCAAACUGCAGGGAUAUGUUUCCACAGUCAAUGUGUGUGUAUUCAUUGUGAGGUUGGUUAUAUUCAUCUCGCUGGUGUCUGACAGGGUAUGGCUGCUGAGCUGCAGCCAAAACACUCCAUUUGACCUAGAUCAUCGCAGCACCCGGCUAGUGUGUGUGUGUAUCUGUGUGUAAUGUCGAUGCUUUUUUUGUCCGCGAUAGGAAAACACUGCUAAUCGUUCUGCGUGCCUCCUUCCAAAUUUUUUUUUAUCCACUAUUUGCUAUCACUGAUGUCUCUCGCUAGAUUUCCCUCUCUUUCUGUUUUGUUGUUGUUGGUGUUGACUUGAAUGAUCUUGGCCAUUUAAAAAAAAAAAAAAAAAAAAGACAGUCAAUCAGAAGGCAAAGGCCAUCCUGGAAGACCCUCAGCACUCUCUGCAUGCAGAGUUUAGACUUCUGCCGAAAGGGAGGAGGUUCACUUAUGUUAGGAGAGCCAAAUCAAACAGAUAUCUGAGGCCCUUUGUCCCAUCAGCAGUUGGGUUUCUCAAUAAGCUGCAGGCAUUGUUACCAGUACACUUCUACUAUGGACUGGUGGUCUUUGUGUCUCUUAUCCCACUCAUGCCCAUCAUGAUGAUAUCCAUGGGACCUAUGUAAUAUACGUAUGUAUUUAUGUCUUUCUGCUGUUUUUAUGAUGUAUAUUGCCUGUAUGGAACUCUGCUGCAAACCAAAUUGCCCCUCUGGGACAAUAAAACAAUUUUCCAAUACAAUCCAAUCAUUUUUCCUCCUUCUGGACUGUUCUAUAUAUCUGAAUAGAAGUGGGAGAAUUGCAGGUUAACUCAUGAUAUGAUACAAUAUGCCAUACAUGGCCCAUGAUACAGAUAACAUCUUAAUAACACUUCUCUGUGAUUAUUGAUAUGUUGAAGACAAUAAUGAUACAUCACAAUAUCCAAUGAACUGAAGAAUACAAAAUGCCCCUACAAUGGUAUAGUGCAGGAUUUGUUUUCCCCACUAAAAUGUCAAUAUUUGGCACCUGUGAUUCCAUAAUUGUAUCAUAAGAGUCAGGAGACAACAUGAUUCCAUAUUAAUAUUUUGUCUCUAACCUUAGAUCUAGUCCAGUUAAGCUCCCAAAAGAGCCUGUUCUCAAAAAUGUAUGAUCAAUGAUUUGGCACUGUUUCCCAAAGACAAUGCAGAUUUUGUUUUAAAUAUGAAAAUGUCAUCCUCACAGACAAUGCAGUCUUUGAGUAUGCCUAACCCUUUUCCUGUUCUCGUGUUUCUUUGCAGUGAUGGAUGGGCGGAUCGGUAUGAUGUAACAGACGGCUAUGUUAGGGAAGCGGCUGGUGGUAUCACCAUCAAGCUCCAGUCAGCCGAUGUGAAGUGGUUUGAUGACUACUACCUUAAACUCCGACCUGAAAACAACCACAGGAACCCCUGGUUUCCAGAGUUCUGGCAGCAUCGUUUCCACUGUAAACUCAAGGGCCACCCACAGGAGAGCAGCAAAUACAACCACUCCUGUGGCAAGAGGGAGUCGCUUCGGCAGCAAUAUGCUCAGGACACCAAGAUGGGAUUUGUCAUCAAUGCCAUCUACUCCAUGGCAUAUGGCCUCCAUAACAUGCAACGGGCACUCUGCCCAGGCUAUCAGGGCCUAUGUGAUGCCAUGCGGCCUAUAGAUGGUUCUACACUGCUGGACUUCCUGAUGAAAACCAACUUCACAGGCGUGUCAGGAGAGGGUAUCUUAUUUGAUGAGAAUGGAGACUCACCUGGCAGGUAUGAGAUCAUGAACUUCAAAAAGAUGGGGAAGGACUACUAUGACUACAUUAAUGUUGGCAGUUGGGACAACAGAGGCUUGAAGAUAGAUGAUGAUGAAAUCUGGCCGAACAAAGAUUCAAUUAUUAAGUCAGUCUGCAGUGAACCUUGUGCCAAGGGACAGAUUAAGGUGAUCCGUAAAGGGGAAGUAAGCUGCUGCUGGACGUGCACUCCCUGUAAAGAAAACGAGUACGUGUUUGACGAGUACACAUGCAGAGCCUGUGAACUCGGCUCCUGGCCAACUUUUGACCUCACAGGCUGUGACCCAAUCCCAGUGGAGUACCUGCGCUGGGGAGACCCUGAACCCAUUGCUGCUUUGGUCUUUGCCUGCCUCGGUCUGAUGUUCACAUUCUUUGUCACUGCAGUCUUUAUCAGGUUCCGGGACACCCCAGUAGUGAAAUCAUCCAGUAGGGAGCUGUGCUACAUAAUACUAGCAGGGAUCUGCCUCGGGUACCUAUGUACCUUCAGCCUCAUUGCCAAACCCCACGUCAUCCACUGCUACCUCCAGCGGCUGGGAAUAGGACUGUCACCUGCCAUGAGCUACUCUGCACUUGUCACCAAGACAAAUCGCAUUGCUCGGAUCCUGGCAGGCAGCAAGAAGAAGAUCUGCACAAAGAAGCCUCGCUUCAUGUCUGCCUGUGCUCAGCUCCUCAUUGCCUUCCUCCUCAUACUGCUGCAGCUGGGCAUCAUUGUGGCGCUCUUCCUCAUGGAGCCACCUGAGGUAAUCCAUGACUAUCCCAGCAUCCGGCAGGUAUUCCUCAUUUGCAACACCACUAACCUGGGUGUGGUCGCCCCGCUCGGAUACAAUGGCCUGCUCAUCCUCAGCUGCACCUUCUAUGCCUUUAAGACCCGAAACGUCCCCGCUAAUUUCAAUGAGGCUAAGUACAUUGCCUUCACCAUGUACACCACCUGUAUUAUCUGGCUGGCCUUUGUACCCAUCUACUUUGGUUCCAACUACAAAAUUAUCACCAUGUGCUUCAGUGUCAGCCUGAGCGCCACUGUGGCUCUAUGCUGCAUGUUCGUACCCAAGGUGUACAUUAUUCUGGCUAAACCAGAGCGUAAUGUGCGCAGUGCCUUCACAACCAGCACAGUGGUGCGCAUGCAUGUCGGUGAUGGAAAAUCGUCCUCAGCCGCCAGCCGUUCUUCAAGUCUGGUAAACCUGUGGAAGCGCAGAGGCUCUACUGCAGAGACCCUCAGCUCCAACGGUAAAUCAGUGUCCUGGGCACAGACUGAGCGCAGCAGCACACGUGGUAACCACCUGUGGCAGCGGCUGUCCUUCCACAUUAAGAAGAAGGAAAACAAUCAGACUGCUGUCAUCAAGCCCUUUUCUAAAACCUCAGAGGAGCGUUACUGUGGAGGGGGGGACCUGCCGCCGCACGUCCCACUGCCCUCGCUCCCCUCGAUGUCCUCCCUGCCCACUCAUCUCGAAUCGGUCACAGACAAGACCCUGUAUGACCUCUCAGAGGCCGAGGAGCGCUACUCCAUCUCAUACCCGCCGCAGACUCCUUCACCGAUCAGCACGAUCAGCCAGAGGUUUGGGGCAGGAUUAGUUGAGGAGCCUCAUAUGGCCGCUAUCCCAACGUACCAGAGCAGCAUUUGCAGCGCCGGCAGCGGCAGCAGUUGUGGUCUUGCCAGCAGCGGCUCUCUUGUCACUGGGAGUGAUGGUCAUCUGGUUACCCUAGACGAUCACCCAGGCGUGCCACAAAGCACACUGAUGGAUCAGAUCAGCUGUGUGGUAAACCGCUUCACUGCCAACAUCUCCGAGCUCAACAGCAUGAUGUUAUCACCCUCUCCAACGCACUCACACAAACACACGUCUCCUUCUCCUCACCCUCCUGACCCCUAUCUGCUACCCCGCGAGAUCCCGAUGCCCCCCACUCUCACAACAUACGCUGACGUCCAGCCCCUCCCGCCCGUGGAGUCCAACCUCGGGGGACGAGGUGGCUGUCCCAUCCACUCGAUUCCUCAUUCGCCUUACCCCCUUCCGCCUCCUCACCCUCAGGCUUCCCCCUCUCUCUCCCCCAUGCGGGGAGGUCUGCUCAGCUCCUCCCCUCUGAGGAGGUCAGAGUUGGAGGAGGAACUCAUCGCUUUGACUCCACCGUCGCCUUUUCGCGAUUCCCUGGCAUCCAGUAGUGGCUCCCCUAUCUCAGAGACAGGCCUGUUUCUCCCCCCAGUGCCCUCGCAUCCACCCCCCUCCCCCCCGUCGCCCAGGUACAGCAGACUGACGCUCAGAAACUACAGCCAGAGUUCAUCCUCACUGUGAGCUAGUGUGACGAAAUCACAGAAAUGAAGAGGAGCACUUAAAACAACUCGGGCCGAUGAGAGAAAAGAGUGAUGGGAGGACUCCCUGAGUGGAGUUAAAACCUGAAGUUCAGGAGUCAUCGAGGGCGGGUUGGUGAGGACGCCGAGCUGUGACAGUCUGCUGUGUUCGUGUUUACAUGUUUGCAGUGAGGUGCAGGUUUCAUAAACUUGUGCAUGUUGUACUUUCUUAGUGCGGUUUCUCACAUGGGGGAUCAAGCAGGACUGCAAAUGGACCACUAGCUGCAGUGUUUUGGUGUCUGUAAAGCCAGAAAUCGUUCUUGGGGGUCUAGAGCAGUUGAAUAGUUUAGGUUUGGGUAGUGGCCUUAAGGUAACAUGGCUAUCAACUAAUUAGAGAUUGUGAAUGUGUGUAUGUACGUGUGUGCAUUGGUGUGUAUGUUUUUGCUGAUUCUUUGUUAUUGAGAGGUAACGGCGACAUGACAGUGAAGAGUAUUGAAGAGCUAAGACUCCUUAAGCCUGUGAGGACUAAACCGAGGCUAUCAAGGGCAAAUACAUAUUUUACACACACACAUACACACUCUCACACACACAAACACACGUAAGUGUGAGCACACUUCUACAUGAGAGGUUCUGGAUUUUUCUUUUGUAAUGAAAUCCAUCAUACUUCUGACAAAGUGCAUUGUUUUGACAUACCAGGCUGUCUGUUACUUACAAACUUUUUACACAAAAGCAUCUUUUUAUUCAGUCAUCUCCAAUUAGUUCCAUCUACAUGGCUCCUAUCCUCCCCCCCUCCCCCCCCCCCCCCCCUCAGUCCCUCUUUCUCUUGCUGCUUUCUUUUACCUGCCAGUGUUUCCGUUUUUUCUACUCUUGUAUGUUUUAUCUUCAGAAGUUUGAAUGUAUAUUUUCUACAUGAUUCCUGAAGUAGUUGGGACCAAACCUAUUUUACCUCUCUCAGACUUGAGAAGGGGGGAGAGAAGAAAAGACCAGGCCUUGUUUUACCAUAAACAUCUUAGAUCAGGUGGAAUGUUGGCAGAAAUGUAACCAUGAAGCUUAUUUUUAGAGCGUGACAUUUGAAGUAUUUGAAGCUAAGCUGGAUCCCAGUUAUGACAUUUCCUUUGUACAGAAAGGUAGGACACAAUAGUCUUAUGUGAUUCUUAAAGACACUACUUUGAAUGAGUAAUUGAAAUCCCUAUAAUCUCUGACGUUAGUAGACAGACUAAUUGAUUCAUGCUAUGAGGGCGCAGCCUGCUCCUCCUCAGCCUCCGCCUCUGCUAGAUAGGUGUUCAGACCUUUUCAGACUUGUUGGCUGUUUUCAGACAAAGAGGGGCAGAAGUUCAUAUUGAAUGAACAGAUAUUAAAGUAGUAUCGAUCCCCUUUUAAAGCAAUGUCAAAGUGUCAAUCUGUUACUUUAAAGAAAGGUCUGGCCUUCUGAGACUUAUUCUAAAUGUCAUACUUGCUGGAUUGAGGAAAAAAAAUGUUGCAAGGGUCAGAGGAGAGAUGACUUUGUUUGUAUGAAAGUGAUUCGAGCAUAGAUGUCAAAUCAAUACAUGAUGCUGUUGAAUCUUCAUAUGAAUAUUGAAUCAUAAAUGUCAGUGUAGAUGGGCAAACAAAACUAAACUCACAAAAUACGGUGAAACUCAAACAUAAUUCAGCCAUUUUAGAUUUUUUCUUUCAAGCAUAUCUUAUAAACUAAGUAUUGUACCUACAUGUGCCAACACUUGGGCAGAAUUUGCGAGCACUUCUGAGAAAUUCAGUCAAAUGUGCCAAUGGAUGCAUUCACUAUGAAGAUGCUUUUGAGAAAUGGGCCCCUGGCUCUGUCAGCUGCCUCCCCAGAGGCAAACACUCAGCCAAGAAAAGGGAAAGAAGAAAGACAAGAGUCAGAAGGUCGUGAUACACAACACACAUUUCUAGACAUUUCAUAUGAGGAGUGUUGUCAGCUGCAACGGCACGAGGUGGUAUAUUUGACCUUAUUAAAGAUAAUUGGGCUAUGCUAUCACAACAACAAUCAGCCAUUGAAUAUGUUGCCUGUGUAUAAUCGUCCAUAACAGUCUCCGUUUUCUUUUUGCAGCAUAGGCAUUCCUCAGCUGUGACAGCUGACUGAUGUAGAUGCAGUCCAUGGUCUCAUUUGUAUUUCUGCUCUACAGUAGCCAGCAAGAACAAACUCAGACAACGUGAUUCUGUAAAUACUAAGGGCAUGCAAAGACAGUUCCGUUUUGUUUGAGAUGAGAGUCAUUUUCUUUACAUAUCGAGAAAAAAAAAAGAGAUAAAACAUGUUUUUUGAAGUAUGUUAUGAAAUCAAACAGUAACAAUAUGUGUUAAGACAACCGAAACUGUGUUACUACUAUGAAUGUGUCAGUGACCAUUCCUAUUCAAAUGUCUUGUAAUUCAACUAUAUGAUAAUAAUUGAUAUUAAUAUGAUUAUUGUGCCAAAGGGGUUAGGGAGGGGUUUAGCUUAUACUAGCUUGUGGGUAAAUCCGUGUUUUUUUUUUUGUUUUUAAAGAAAUGUAAAUGUAAAACUGUUUCUAUUGUUUUUUGAUAUUUUCUAUAUGGAUAUUCCACAUUUUUCCAGUGUAAAGCAAUAUAAUCCAUGCGUAUACAAGGUGCACAUGUGAGGGGUUUGUUCAUGAACAAUGUUUCAGAUUGUUGGUCAUUUUCAUCCUUCUGUGAUCUUUAAUGGACCGUUCAAUGAAGGGGAGUGGUGUGGAGAUAAGAUCACAUUCAUUUCUGCUGAAGCUCACAAUAAUUGGAAGGACAUAUGAAAGACAUGGUCAGUAAUUCAUAAUAUCAAGAUUUUAAUUUUGGGCCUCUAGUAAAUCUUUUCCCCACUUUACUACAUGAGAGGCAAACCUGUCGGAUUCUGUUUGAAUCACUAUUAAUCUGAUAAUUGAUCAUUUUUUGCUUUUUUCUGUCUGUCAUUAAGAUGUAAGCUUGGUUUGGUUUACAGUUUCUCGCUACAAUUCAGAGGAAGCAAUUAAAAUCUCUUCUUCUGCUUCUAAUAGAAAAGAAUAACUAAGGCAGUAAGCACAUUCAACAUUGGAGUUUGUACUUACACUUUUCAUUAUGACUAGACCAAAAAA